CGUUAUGAUGCCUCAGGCAUACAGAAAUAAGCACAUGACCUGGAUAAUGCACUGUUUGCACCGAUGCAUGCAAACAUGACAACCAUUGCAUACGAUGCAACACCAGCAACACCAUGGCGCAACGCCAGUCUCCAUCACCACCCCAGCCUCUCCCCUCAAUUGACACCUGCCAAAACACAGUCCAGAGCAACUACAUUCGGCAUUCCAACUCUCAACCAUAUUCUUCUAUCUCAUCCUCUUUUUUCUUCCCUCUUGAAGUCACCCCGUGCAGCCAUGUCCUCGCUCAGUCUCUCCCACUGCGUCACCACCCCUCUAUCCUCACCUGCGUCAUCCGGUAACGCAGAUCUCGCCAAAUUACGGUCCACAGGAGAGCCAGACGGUCAUCGCAUGACAUGACACGGCUGAGUCUUCCUCUGCCAUCACGGGGACCGGGAGAGGAGGGGGGAGAUUACAUAUACUGAGGACACGAAAAGAGAGAGUGUCGCGACGUCAUCCACCUGGGGUACAACGCCCAUGACGUCACCGCUGGGCUGCCCCCCCC